AAUUCGUCCUGCUUGUUAUGGCGGAUCUAGAACCCACGCGGUCGUUCCGGUCAACGACCUCCUCAUCCAAAUGGUCACACUUUAUCAAGGACAAGAAAGUCGGAGAAGGAACUUAUGCUACCGUGUAUUUGGGUUGGGCAGUUCCAAUACGAAAAGAGAAGGUUGCAGAAAGGCUGGCACAUGACCAUACAGGAGAGAGAGAACGGUUGGCAAAGGAUAAGAAGCUUAUCGAUGUGUUCUCGCACAAGACGAAUCUCAAUCUGGUCCUUGAAUACUUGGACGCAGAUCUUGAGAUGGUCAUUAAGAAUAAGACAGUUGUAUUCAGCGCCGCCGAUGUGAAGAGCUGGAUGUUGAUGACACUUCGCGGACUGUAUCACUGUCAUCGCAACUUUAUACUCCAUAGGGAUUUGAAGCCGAAUAACCUUCUCCUUGCAAGCGAUGGGCAGCUCAAGCUUGCCGAUUUUGGUAUGGCAAGAGACUAUGGAGAUCCUCACAAAAAGAUGACCUCGGUCGUGGUAACGAGAUGGUAUCGAGCACCAGAGCUUCUACUAGGCGCCACGCGUUAUGGUUAUGCCAUAGACAUGUGGGCCGUAGGAUGCAUAUUUGCGGAGUUGAUGCUGCGUACACCAUUCAUGGCGGGAGAUUCAGAUAUUGGCCAACUACAGAUCAUAUUUAAAGCUCUUGGUACACCAACCGAGCAAGACUGGCCUGGCAUGAAGGAGCUGGACGGAUAUUUUGAAUUUCAGCAGUACCCCAAACCACCGCUCCGUUCCAUAUUAACAGCCGCAUCGCCGGACGCUCUAAAUUUGCUGGAGCAAUUCCUUUUGUUUGAUCCCCUGAAGCGAAUAACUGCCGAAGAUGCUUUGAAACACUUUUACUUCCGCAACCUGCCGCGACCAACACCGCCUCACAAGCUCCCGCGAGAUGUAGGUGGGGUGGGUGCUAAGCGUAAAGAAGGGAAGGGAGAGCAGCAACCACAGGAAAAUGGUGCGCAGCAGCGAGGGGUGAAACGAAAAGGGGAGUUUGAAGGUGACGAAGACGAACGGGGGGCGAAGAUUGCUCGACGGCUUUUUGAUUGAUACCUUUUUUAUUAAUAGUCAAAUCUGUACAAUCUGCUGGCUAUCGCGUGUUUGACGUUGGAACACAUGUGGAUAACAGAGGAAGGCAAUGCUAAAGUUUAUGGCUGCAUUCCCUACAACAUCCACAAAGAGCGAGAGAGCGGAGAGUAACCAAGGAUAAGACUUGAGAUGUGUCAUUCAUCUACGCCUGAGACUCCGUACAUUGUCCUCCUCGCCGCACAGUUGACUUGCUAAAUCCAUUUACAUUGCCAUUACAUCUAUAUAUACUAUCCGCGCUACGUUAUUUACACUACACAGCACGUAUUUUCCCUCGCUGACGUCUCAUUUUCUCUUUGCGUCUCGAAGCUAGUUUGUGCUUGCUCUUAAACUCAUGGGUCAAAUCCUGUCGGAAUUGCUCCCACUGGGACUUGAUUUCUUCCCUAUUUGUGACCAACAUGAGUAACAAUGAUGCGUUCUUCGAUGUAAAAUCAUGCAACAUACACAGUCUCUGUUCGCAUAAACGAUUUAUCUGGAGCGUACUUUGACCGAUGUGAUAAUCCUUCAUCCCCUAAAUGGAAGAA